AUGGACAGUAAAGAGCAAAGCAAAGGAGAAGGAAGCACCCCAUCGGCGGAAACUGGCGAGAAGGCAGUAUCUGGAGGAAGAACACCGCAACUGGGGUCGGAUGAAGAUGCCCUUCGACAAAAAUCAGCUGGACUCACUCCAAAUUCACCCUUUGCAGAGCGCAUAUCAGCUGAGGAUCCCUCGAAGGUUUUUUUAUUCGAUUUUCGAUUUUUGAUAUUAUAA